AUGGCCCCUCGUGUCGUCGUCUUGAUUUCAGGAACAGGCUCAAACCUUCAGGCCCUCAUCGAUGCCAUCGCGGCCGGAUCCCUCAAGGCAGAGAUCCCCCUCGUCAUCUCAAACCGCUCCAAGGUCUUUGGUCUUGAGCGAGCUGAAAAGGCUGGUAUCCCCACAAAGGUCCUGGCCCUGAAGCCCUAUACCAUCGCCGGAAAGUCCAGGAUCCAAUACGAUGCUGACCUCGCCCAACUGAUCGUUGCCGCCAAGCCUGACCUGGUCGUCCUUGCCGGAUUCAUGCAUAUUCUUUCGCCCACAUUCCUGGAACAGUUCCCCACCACCCCUCUGAUCAACCUCCACCCAGCUCUGCCAGGACAGUUUGAUGGUGCCCGAGCAAUUGAGCGUGCAUUUGAGGCGUACCAGAACGGAGAGAUCAAGCACACAGGAAUAAUGGUCCACCGUGUGAUUCAGGAGGUCGACGGAGGUGAGCCUUUGUUGGUCGAGCAGGUCGAGAUCAAGCCUGAGGAUGACUUGGUGGCAUUGCAGGAGAGGAUUCACUCGGUCGAGCACGUCCUUCUUGUCCGCGGAGCAGCCCUUGUGCUUGAGCAAGAAGCCGCCAAGAAGUGCAACUCCACAUCAGCAUAG